CCUAUACAUGACCCUGUAUGCACAUCAGCUUGCACUUUUAACAUCGAAAAUGGGCAGGGCAAAAAGAGGAAAGCGCAUCGGCGGCAGGAGAGACGGCGGCAGCACCCGGCCCCAAGGGGACACACGGGUCGACCGCAAGCAGCAAUGGUGGCUCGAGGAGGAGAAUUUGCACAAUGCCCGAUUGGAGAAAUACUAUCAAGAGCAAAGGAUUAUUCCAGACGGAGAAGAAUUUCAACAGUUCCUCGAAGCAUGCAAGAAGCCACUACCAACCAGCUUCCGCAUCACCGCCGGUCGGGCUUUCACCUCGCAAAUCCUGCGCAGCACGGAAGAGCACAUCCCUCACUUGAGCAACAUUGAGUUCGAAGGAGAGCGUCCGUCACCGCCAAGAGAGCUUCCGUGGUAUCCUAGACGCCUCGGGUGGCAAUUCGAUGUGAAGAAGAGUAUACUUCGGAAGCAGCCCGAAUUCAAGAGCCUACAGGGUUGGCUCGUGCAUGAGACGGAGUCAGGCACCAUCAAUCGGCAAGAGGCCGUCAGCAUGAUUCCGCCGCUUUUCCUCAAUGUCCAACAUGACCACCUCGUCCUGGACAUGUGUGCUGCACCGGGAAGCAAAACGGGGCAACUGCUCGAAGCAGUGCAUGCACCACUACUCGCGCCUGACGGCACCACACCCGACCCAGCAACACAGUACCAAGCUGUGCCUCUUGGUCUGGUCAUCGCAAAUGACUCGGAUGCGCAACGUGUGUCGAUGCUGAAACAUCAAGUGACGCGUCUGCCCAGUCCGAAUCUGAUGGUCACAAACUGCGACGCUAGAUUCUACCCAAAUAUCACUGUCCCCUACAUGGGUGCAGAUGGCGAGAUCCAGUACAAGGACGUCAGGUACGAUCGGAUUCUUGCGGAUGUGCCCUGCAGUGGAGAUGGGACGAUGCGGAAGAACCAGUUAAUCUGGAAAGACUGGACGAUGGCGAAUGGUCUGGGAUUGCACAAAAUGCAGCUCCAAAUCCUCAUCCGUGCGAUGACGCUCCUCGCUCCUGGCGGGCGCUUGGUCUACUCGACCUGCUCGCUGAAUCCGAUCGAGAAUGAAGCCGUUGUCGCAGGUGCCCUGCGGGAGGCUGAAGCUGCGGGCUGGGACAUGGAAUUGAUUGACACGAUGGAGAGUCCGGAAUUUGAGCCUUUCCGGCAGCUCAAGCGGCGUCCGGGUCUGCAUCAGUGGAAGGUCUGCCCAUUGAAGAACCUCGGGGCUCUCAGACAGUCCCGUGACAAGCGCGCAGCUGUGAAAGCGAGAGCUGGCCAGAGUGCCGAGGAUGAGGCCAAAGCCAAGGCAUCGGCUGCAGGCUCCGAUGUCCAGGAAGGCAAUGCACCGGUUAACAAGGUGGGAGAUGAAGCACCUGCAGCAACCGAAGAUGCCAACUUGCAAGUGGAAGGUUCUCAAAAUGACGCAUCAAGCUCCAACACCCAGAUCGACUGGGUCGAAUCGUGGGCCGACUUGAAUGCCGAAUUCCCUGUCGAGGCAAAGAAGGUCGCGAAGACACUAUGGCCUCACGGAGAUGAGGAACGUCUCAAGCUCGAGCGGUGCAUGCGGGUCUAUCCACACUUGCAGAACACCGGUGGCUUUUUUGUGGCUGUGUUGCAUAAGCGUAGUCAAGGCAACCGGACCAAGGUUGAUGGCAAGGGCCAAGCGAAGAGCGAGACAGCAGGAAUGGCAGAGGGCAUCAAACGGGCACUGGAUCGUCUGGAUGAGCUACAAGAUGAAAAGGCCAGCAAGGCUGCCGCUGUCUCUGCCAGCGAGAGCACCGCUGAGAAGCGUGCGCGGAGUCCAACUGACGAUGCGGAAUCCGAGUCCAGCUCUGUGCCGAUGAAGAAGGCCAAGGCGGCAGCGGCGGAUGAGAGCGAAGUUGACUCGAAACCGGGUCAAGAAGACGCCACGUACGAGUUUGCGAAUGAACUGAACCCAGCUGCAUUCAAAGAAGACGCGUACAGCUAUGUCGACCUUUCGCACAGAGAAACACUCGCCAUUCAGGCUGCAUACAGCCUGCCGACGUCUUUCAUCCGCAAUCUUCUCGUGCGCAACCUGACAGGCGAAGUGCAGCGAAUGGUCUACUACACCAACCCGGUCAUCCGCGCCAUCCUUACCCAAGGACCUGAGUUCAAGAAUGCACGACACAAGUAUCGCGUUCCCGUCAAGCUGCGUCUGAUUUUCUCUGGCAACAAAAUUUUUGCCCGGCAGGGCCCCACGGCCGGCGAAGAGCGGGCCACGCUGGAGAAGUGGCGGAUCGUGCGCGAGGCGACGGACAUCAUGAAGGGUUACAUGCCGCCGCAAAGAAUCGUCAAGGCGACGCUAAAGGAGCUGAUGCACAUGUUGCAGCUCAACUACCCGAAACUCGGUGACAUCGAGAUGGAGCAGCUCAAAGAGAGGCUAUCGUCUGCCGACACGGGUAGCUAUAUCCUCGAAGUGGACGCGGGCGUCGAUGAAGGGAUCGGCGCAAGACUUGACGACACGCUCAGUCUCGCCUUGUGGCGUGCACCACACAGUGUGAACAUUAUGCUCGAGAAGCAGGAGAAGAGUGCCAUCUCCUUCCGCAUCUUUGGCAGGGAUGUCGUUGACGGAAGUACCGAUCGCUACUUUACUGCGCAGCAAAAAGGGCAGAAAAAGGCAGAGAAUGCGCUUGCAACUCCACCAAAAGCCAAGUCGCCAAGCGCAGAGGACGAUGAAAUGUUUAAUGCGCCGGCUCCUGCAGCGAUUGGGGAUGGCGCCAAUGCUGCACCACCUUCGUGAAAGUGUCAUUCCACUUCACAAGAUGGGUGCGACAUGACUUUUUUCUGAAUAUGUACUUUUCAAUGCAACUAGGCAGCCAAC